AUGAUCUUGCAGUCCAAUCCAGCCUGGUUCUCCUUGUUGGUCGGAGAGCCAGUGGAGGAAAAGGCAACCGCCAGUGCCGAUUCCGAAGCAAACGACGGAACAUCACCCUAUAGAUUUGUGGCUCCAGGCAUGCAAUGCAUGACCUCGUACAUUACGGAUCGAGCUCCGGACACAUUGGACAAGUUGAUUGUGUCGGGUGUGUCCAAGAGUAUUCUCGAUCUAGAAGAACUGAACAAAGACAGGCAUCAUUUAGUAGAAGAACUGUUGCUACCCAAAGGAUCCUUGUUUUCCAAGGGAUGGGUUCAAGAUCUCGACAAGGGUACCAAACGAAAAGUACACCUUUCCCAGCAACGAAAGGACGAGGCGCCCACGAGUAGCUCACAUGCCAUCAAAAAGGCUUACUUUGGUAUGCCCCGGUCGGGGAGUUUAACGUUCUUCAUUCCCCUUUCCAAAGGACAGGAACGAGCCGAAGCGGAAUUGUUGUCGAAAGGCUUUGUGUCGGCUCGUGGGUACAUUGAAACGGUGACCCUUUGUGAGGCAGAUCAGCCCGAAUACAAGGACACCGAAGACACAUGUCGAUUGUCCAGAGACGCCAAUAUCGUGUUGGGAGAUGAAGUAGCCUCUCCGGAACCACUCCCUGCCGACGUUUCCUUGUAUUGUGCGACGAUCCAUGUUCCAGACCAUUCCAAUUUGGCCUUUAAACACGACGUCGUCCAAAAGACUACCAAGCAAAAGAAGAAAACCGGGAAGGCAUCUCCGCAAGAGGAUUCUGUUUCCGAGAAACCAGAAAUUGGUCUAUCUAUUGAAAUUUCCGUCAGGAGUAUUCGGGGCACCUUUCGAGAGCCUUGUUCGAUUGCACACGUCCUUUGGAACGAGGUUGACCAGGAUGACUAA